AUGGGAAGAUGGUGUGACGGGGAGUGGAAAUGGGGAGAUUUAGGAAUUUCGGAGUUUGAGGUGGAGCAAGCGGGUUUGUUUGACAAGGUGGCGGUUUUGAGGGCUCUUUUAGAGAAUUUUGGGGGAUUGCAUGAAGAUAAUGAUUCCGUGUGUUGGUUACUAGAUUCGGAAAAGACUUUUACGGUUUCUUCGUGUUACCACCGGUAUGUUUCUUUGCGGACGCCUUUUGGUCCUUUUAAUAGGAACGAAGAGGCCUUAGAGAUUAUAUGGAAAAUGGAGGUCCCUUUUAAGAUUAAAGCUUUUGCUUGGAGACUUUUUGUGAAUAGGCUUCCCGCUAAAGAUCUUUUAGUGUAUAGAGAUAAGGACCAUAUGUUCUUCAAAUGUGAUGUGAUUAAGGUUGUUUGGAAGGAAAUUGGUGUGUGGGUGGACUACCCGAGUUGGAAUGAGGAAGAUAGCAAGCCGUUCUUUAUGGAAUGGUAUUCCAACGGGCGGGUAAAAGACUCGUUCCGUUCUUGUGUAUCAAGGUUCGAGAACCCUUAG